AGGAAGACGUGUUUUAUUGGACGCUCUUUCCUCUGCUAAGCGCCUAUUUCACGGUAGCAUAUUCUGUAGGAGUAACUCCAAGAGAACUCAAGAGCCUGUGUGACCUUUAAGAAGCCGGAGAAGCGAAAAGACUAGUCAUCGUGGAUCGCAAAAGAGAGCCCCUUGGACCUUUGGCAAGAAAAACCGGAAAGCGAAGGCACUGGAAGAUGGACAGCAAGACUCAUAUGAUAGAUAGAAAACAUAGUACAUGAUAGUACUAUGUGUGAUAACAUACAUAGAUAACAUAGUACAUGAUAGUACUAUGUGUCACGGCUAUUUUAGUUCGUUUCCGCAAGGGAUGGGGAAGGCCGUGGACGCCACCUGUGUGUAUAUGCAAAGGACAUCGGAUAUUUAUAAUUUGUGUUCGCAAAAAUCAAUUGUUUAUCAAACAGUUAACUUCUCUUCGAAAUCAUCAUAGCAGGUUUUCAAUUUUGCGCUUUUUUCAUUGCAUGGACGGGCGUUCGCAAUGGUCACUUGCGUAUUUACUUAUAGCUCCCAUCAAAACAAAGGAGAAAUAACUCGCAGUUAUAAAAUAUAAAGGUCCUCUCAUUGGCAUCCGGCACCUGCAGGCCCUGCUGCUUUUCCUGGCCAUUGUCGUGAACUAUACUGCCCGGCUCAGCGUGAGCGUGGCCGUGGUGGCCAUGACGGAUUCGGCCACCACGAAUCCAGACUUUCCGGAGUACGACUGGAGCGGUGCGCAGAGGUCAUACAUCCUGUCCAGCUUCUACUGGGGCUACAUCGUCACCCAGUUCCCGGCCGGCUUUCUGGUCCGUCGCUUUGGGGCCAAGGCGGUGCUGCUCAUCCCGACGCUGGCCACGGCCGUUCUGAGUGGUCUCACACCCUUAUGUGUGGCCUGGGGCGGCUGGCAGGCCUUCAGCACGAUCCGCAUCGUGGAGGGUCUCUUCCAGGGCCUGAUAUUUCCCUGCAUCCACGAGCACUUGGCCAAGUGGUCUCCGCCGGAAGACCGCAACCGGCUGGGCGCUUUCGCCUACUCGGGGGCCGACUGCGGGUCAGUGCUGGCAAUGGCCAGCAGUGGUCUGAUCGCCAACGGCUCCAUGGGCUGGCCGGGAAUCUUCUAUGUGUCAGCGGGCACCUGCGGGCUGUGGUGUCUGCUCUGGUUGAUUUUCGGUGCGAACAACGCGCCCAGCUCCCGGCUAAUCGGCGUGCGCGAGCGUGAGCACAUAGAGCGCUCGAUGAAGCGGCCGGAUGGCUUCCACGCCAAGAAGAUACCUAUCCCGUGGCGAGCCAUCUGGACCUCGGCUCCCUUCUACGCAUUGCUGAUCGUUCGCAGCGCUCAAGGCUGGGCCAACUCGACCAUGCAGUUGCAGACACCCUCCUACAUGCACGACGUCCUGGAGAUGGACAUCAAGAGCAACGCUCUGUACUCGGCCCUGCCCUUCCUGGCCAUGUGGGGCAUGUCCUACGUGUACCUAGUCUUCGCGGACGUGGCCAUGGCGCGCAAGUGGAUGUCCCUAACCACGCUGCGCAAGUCCAUUAAUACCGUGUCCUACUGGGGUCCUGCGGCGGCCCUUAUCGGCAUCGGGUUUCUGGACAAGAGCCAAACCAGCCUGGCCAUCGCUCUGAUGACGAUCAACGCGGGCUUAAAUGCCGGCUCUGGCAUUGGCAGCAUCCUGACCAUCAUUGACAUGUCGCCCAACCACUCGGGCAUGCUAAUGGCUAUUGUGAACGGCAUUGGCAACAUAUUUCCUCUAUUGACUCCUCUAUUGGUGGGAGUCAUUGUCACCGAAACGGGUUCUCGUAGCCAGUGGCAGAUCGUGUUUGGUAUGACCGCUGUGGUGUUUUUCUUCGGAAACCUGGUAUACCUUAUUUGGGGCACUACUGACCAGCAAGUCUGGGAUGCUGAAGACUACUUAAAGCUCCGGGACUCGGAAUGCAUACCAAAUGGCCAGCAAAUGGAUCUCCAGCCCAACGCUGAUGUAGAGUCAGAAGCCGACACAAAGACAACAUGAUUAGCAGCAGAAAAAUAGGGGGUUGGCGCUGGCAACGAGUUGUAUGCGCAAUAAGUGUGGAAUGAAAAGCUGAUCUGACCAUCGCUGAUAAAACGCGUGUUGGACCGGGCGUUCGCAAUUUUAAUUAAAAUUCUUAAAACGUUUUACCGCGCCCUUGUAUUUUAAUUUCUUGUUUGUACGCAUUUCUUUCGCUGGCCGCGGAAAUUUAAUAGAAAAUUCUUACUAUUUCUUUGAAUGAAUUCAUUUUCUAUUUCAGCCCGCAUUUGCAUGCGAACAGCGCUGAGAAGGGGAAAAAAGAGUGAAGGAACCCUACACUCAGAUUUUCCCCAAUAUUUAAAAACUUUAUCAUCUGAAUCAUUAUAGACCUAAUAAUUAUUUCAAAAUUAAAGAAAGUAAUACAAAAUGUA